UUGGCCAGGCUGUUGUCUUGUCACAAUUUCCGUCACCAAAUUAUUCCUUUCUUUUCUUCACACCUCCAUUACCACGAUCACAAAGAAAAAUCCCGGUCCAAACCGAUUCAAAAUCUCUCUAAUCAAUUUCAUAAUCAAACGCUAAUUCAAGAUGAGUGUGAUUGAUAUACUUACUCGAGUUGAUUCGAUCUGUAAGAAAUAUGAUAAGUAUGAUAUUGAUAGACAAAAGGACUCUAAUGUAUCUGGUGAAGAUGCAUUUGCUCGUCUUUACUCUGCUGUUGAAUCUGAUAUUGAAGCUGCUUUACAGAAAGCAGAAGAUGCUGCCAACGGGAAGAGUAGAGCUGCAACUGUUGCUAUAAAUGCUGAGAUUCGUAGAACUAAAGCAAGAUUACUUGAGGAAAUUCCCAAGUUGCAGAGACUAGCGGUUAAGAAGGUCAAAGGGCUAUCAGGAGAAGAACUUGCUACUCGUAAUGACUUGGUCCUGGGAAUGCAAGAGAGAAUUCAAGCCAUACCAGAUGGGUCUACGACCGGUGCAAAACAAGGUGGAGGCGGAGGUUGGGCAGCUUCAGGAUCUCGGCAGGAUAUUAAAUUUGACUCUACAGCAGAUGGAAGAUUUGAUGAUGAUUUCUACAAGCAGACAGAAGAGUCAAAUCAGUUUAGGGGAGAGUAUGAAAUGCGGAAAAUCAGGCAGGAUCAAGGUUUAGAUGUUAUUGCAGAAGGGUUGGAUACCCUUAAAAAUAUGGCUUCUGACAUGAAUGAGGAAAUUGACCGGCAAGUGCCUUUGGUUGAUGAAAUUGAUACGAAGGUGGAUAGGGCUAGCUCUGACCUUAAGAAUACCAACGUCAGACUGAAGCAUACUGUCAACCAGCUGAGGUCUAGUAGGAAUUUCUGCAUUGAUAUUAUUCUGCUGUGUAUAAUCCUCGGGAUAGCUGCCUAUCUAUACAAUGUAUUGAAGAAAUGAAAGGGAGCCUUAUUUGGUUUGGAGUUGUUACUAUGCUUAGUUUGGCUUGUUAUUGAUCUUAUUUUGUUUGUUGUCUAAAGCCAGUUUUCUUAGUUUCAAACAUGUUUUUUUGUUGUUGAGAUAUGUUUUUUUUUUCUUUCCUGUUUGUGAAUGUCUGUAUAUUUGUGCUUUUAUGUCUUGGACAUGUCUCUAUGUAACAACACACUACCCCUUCACUACGCUGAUGACUCGAUUAUCUUUAUUAGCCCAUGUUGGUCGUUUGAAUUCUUGAAUGUGAUACCAAUUUAAAUA